AUGAAUAUAUUCCAGAUGGACAUGUCCGAGUCGGAGGAGAUCAGUCAAGAUCAGGAGAUAAGCAGUGAUGAAGAAAUGAUGCGUCCUGAUAUCACUGAUGCGAGCUCAGUCAAUGGUGAUGGUUAUAGUACUGAUAGUGGUUAUAGUACUGAUAGUGAUUAUAGUGAAAUUGAUGAUACUGAAAAUACGGAGAGUUCGGUUGAAGGGAUAGAGGAGAUGAAGGGUACGACUGAAGAGGAAUUAGGGUUUGAUCAUGAAAAAAAUCCACAGGAUGAUAACAUGAUCCAAAAUAAUGGAUAUGUUCCAUUCAAUUCAGAUAAUUGUCAGCCCCCUCAGCUUUCUCCUCGAAGUGAGGUUGAGUCCGUGUCAUCCACAAACAUGCCUUUGGAAAUAAAUGAUCGAGCUAGUGACCUUUUAAUGGCAGUCUCAGUUGGUUCUGAUGCAAACAAGAAAAAAAUCAAUGAGAUGGCUGUUUCAGCCAUGGACGAGCUAGUAAGAAAGUGCCUUGCAGGAGAACCUCUAUGGCAGCACCGACAAGAUUGUGACCUUGAGAUUCUAAAUGAAGGAGAAUAUAUAAGAGAAUUCCGUCCAUUUGAUGCAAGUCUAGGAGAGCUAAUGAGAAUAAUUGAGAUGGAAGAUCCUCAAAAUCUUGCAAACUUAUAUGAGAGCAAUGCAAGCACUAAUGGAACUCAACACAAACCUAUGUUUCAGCGAGAUGCUGAAAAAGAUUUCCUUCAAACUGAAGCUUCAAGACAUAUAGGGUUUCUUCGUAUGGAUGCUACCAGCCUUGUCGAGUGCCUCAUGGAUGUGAAGCAGUGGUCAUCAGUUUUUUCUAGUAUCGUCUCAAGAACAACUGUACUUGGAGUCUUGUCAAGAGGGGUAGCUGGGAACUACAAUGAAACGUUACAAGUGAUGAAGGCAGAGUUUCAUAUGCCUACACCACUUGUUAAUAUUCGAGAGAGUCAGUUUGCAAGGUAUUGUAAGCAGAUAGGGCCUGGAACUUGGGGAGUUGUUGAUGUAUCCUUGGACAGUCUAUUCCCUUAUCCACUAGUAAUUUUUCGGAGAAGACCAUCAGGGUGUUUAAUCGUAGAAAUGCCGGAUGGAUACUCUAAGGUUAUUUGGGUUGAGCAUGUGGAAGUGGACAAUAAAUUUGUCCAUAGAAUGUUUUGGCCAAUUGUUCUCCCUGGUUUUGCAUUUAGCGCUAUGCGUUGGGUUGCCAGCAUAGUCCGACAUUGUGAGCCAGUUGGGAAUAUAAUCUCUACUUCCCUUGACAGUGCAACAAUACCCCAAAAUGGGAAAACAAGUGUGCUGAGGCUGGCUCGUAGAAUGAUGAGAAGCUUUUAUCAUGACAACAGUGCUUCUACUGACAAUUUUUGGGUCCGAAUACAUCUAUGUCAUGGUGAAGAUUUUAGGUUAAUGACUAAGACUAUUUAUGCCCUCAAUGGAAGCCCUAGUUCGACUUUAGUUUUCACAACAUCUCUUUGGGUUCCAGCUCCACCAAAGAGAGUCUUUGAUUUUCUUCGCCAUGGGGAUUCUAGAAACAAGUGGGAUUUGCUUGCCCGUGGAUACGCAGUUCAAGAGAUUAUGCAUAUCAUCAAGGGAGAAAGUCCGGAAAACCGUGUGUCUAUCAUGCAAGUGAAUUCUGCUCCGAACCAGAUAGAAAUCUUGUACUUGCAAGAAAGUUACAGCCAUCCAACUGGAUCCUAUGUUGUUUAUGCUCCAAUAGACAUUCUUACUAUGGGCACCAUGCUGGGUGGUGGAAAUUCAGAUCUUGUUAAUAUUUUGCCAUCAGGUUUUGUGAUACAUCCUGAUGGGCCACUAAGGAAUGGAGAGGAAACUAGAGGAAGUCUUCUCACCCUUGCUUUUCACAUUAUGGAUGGUUCAUCCACUGAGGACUAUCUUCCUGCAGCUGAUUCUGUUAAUACCAUUCAGAAAAUCCUCACAGAAACUGCAACUUUGAUCACGACAGCUCUUUUAUCUGACCAUCUAUAA